AUGUUUGACAUUAAAUCAGUGGUUAGACCAAAUAUUCUCGGUUUGGAGCCGUACCGUUGUGCUAGAGACGAUUUCAAGGUUGGGAUCUUGCUUGAUGCGAACGAAAACACCAAAGGUCCUGCAUUGACUUCCCUUACAGAAGAGGAAGAACUCUUGGAUCUCAACAGAUAUCCAGAUCCUCACCAGAUUGUGUUGAAGCAGCAAAUCGUAGACUUCCGUAACCUCAGUGUUAAUGCUAACAAGACUGCUGCCUCUGAGCCGAUCUCUCCAGAUAAUUUAUGUUUGGGUGUUGGGUCAGACGAAAGUAUUGAUAUGCUUAUGAGAUGUUGCUGUACACCUGGUAAGGACAAGAUCUUGACAUGCCCUCCAACUUACGGUAUGUACUCGAUCUGCGCCACUGUCAAUGAUGUUGACAUUGCUAAGGUUCCGCUCUUGUUCCCAGGGUUUCAGAUUGAUGUGGAGUCGAUUAUUCUGACUAUAAAAGGUGAUUCUACUAUCAAAUUGAUCUAUUUAACCUCUCCAGGGAACCCAACCGGGCAAUUGAUAAAGGUAAUCGACAUAAUUAAGAUCUUGGAAGUUCAAUGGAAUGGUUUUGUUGUUGUAGAUGAGGCGUACAUUGAUUUCACCGAAAGUGAAAGCUCCGCUAGUGAGUCCAUGUGUACGUUAGUCAACCAGUACCCUAACUUAGUUGUCUUGCAGACUCUUUCCAAGUCGUUUGGUUUGGCUGGAAUCAGGUUGGGUAUCACUUAUUCCUCCAAGGAAUUAGCACUGUACUUAAAUGCCAUGAAAUAUCCGUACAAUAUUUCUUCAUUGACUGCCAAUAUUGCAACAAGAGCUACUGGAACAGAAACAGGGUUGGGUGUCAUGAGGAAAUUCGUCGACCAUGUCACCAAGCAACGUCAAUGGGUUUUAGAAAAUUUACAAAAGUUGGAUGGAAUUGGAAAGAGUAUCGGAGGUUUCGAUUCCAACUUCUUACUUUUGGAAAUUUUGGACUCAGAGGGUAAACCAUCAAACCAUGUUGCAGAGAAAUUGUAUACUAAGCUUGCCACAGAAAACCAGGUGGUAGUGAGAUUCAGAGGGAAAGAAUUAAAUUGUACCGGAUGCUUGAGAAUUUCUAUCGGCUCCGAAGAGGAAUCUGCUACGUUGGUGGAAACUUUCAGAAAAUGCCUUAAAGAGGUUAGACAGUAG